CCCACGUGGUUGGAGGUUUCCAGAAGCGCUGCACCCCCGCGCCGCGCAGCUCUCAUCUUUCCGAGCACGUAGUUUGCAGUUUGUUCUUCCUACCAUUUAGCAGCAUGAUAAGUGCCAGCCGAGCCGCAACAGCCCGUCUUGUUGGUGCUGCAGCCUCCCGGGGCCCCACUGCCGCUCGCCACCAGGAUGGCUGGAAUGGCCUUAGUCAUGAGGCUUUUAGAAUUGUUUCAAGGCGGGACUAUGCAUCAGAAGCAAUCAAGGGAGCAGUCGUUGGUAUUGAUUUGGGUACUACCAACUCUUGUGUGGCAGUUAUGGAAGGUAAACAAGCAAAGGUGCUGGAGAAUGCUGAAGGUGCCAGAACCACCCCUUCAGUUGUGGCCUUUACAGCAGAUGGUGAGCGACUUGUUGGCAUGCCAGCCAAGCGACAAGCUGUCACCAACCCAAACAACACUUUCUAUGCUACCAAGCGUCUCAUAGGCCGGCGAUAUGAUGACCCUGAAGUACAGAAAGACAUUAAAAAUGUUCCUUUUAAAAUUGUCCGUGCUUCCAAUGGCGAUGCUUGGGUUGAAGCCCAUGGAAAGCUCUAUUCUCCGAGUCAGAUUGGAGCAUUUGUGUUGAUGAAAAUGAAAGAGACUGCAGAAAAUUACUUGGGGCAUACAGCAAAAAAUGCUGUGAUCACGGUCCCAGCUUAUUUCAAUGACUCUCAGAGACAGGCCACUAAGGAUGCUGGCCAGAUAUCUGGACUAAAUGUGCUUCGGGUAAUUAAUGAGCCCACAGCUGCCGCUCUGGCCUAUGGUUUAGACAAAUCAGAAGAUAAAAUCAUUGCUGUAUAUGAUUUAGGUGGUGGAACUUUUGAUAUUUCUAUACUGGAAAUUCAGAAAGGAGUAUUUGAGGUGAAGUCGACCAAUGGAGACACUUUCUUAGGUGGUGAAGACUUUGACCAGGCCUUGCUGCGUUACAUUGUGAAGGAGUUCAAAAGAGAGACGGGGGUUGAUUUGACUAAAGACAACAUGGCCCUUCAGAGGGUUCGGGAAGCUGCUGAGAAAGCCAAGUGUGAACUCUCUUCAUCUGUGCAGACUGACAUUAACUUGCCAUACCUUACAAUGGAUGCUUCUGGACCCAAGCAUUUGAAUAUGAAACUAACCCGGGCUCAGUUUGAGGGGAUUGUUACUGAUCUAAUCAAAAGGACCAUCGCCCCAUGCCAGAAAGCCAUGCAGGAUGCAGAAGUCAGCAAGAGUGACAUAGGCGAAGUGAUUCUUGUUGGUGGAAUGACAAGGAUGCCCAAGGUUCAGCAGACUGUGCAGGAUCUCUUCGGCCGAGCCCCAAGUAAAGCUGUUAAUCCUGAUGAGGCUGUGGCCAUUGGAGCUGCCAUUCAGGGAGGUGUGUUGGCUGGUGAUGUCACAGAUGUGCUGCUCCUGGAUGUCACUCCCUUGUCUCUGGGUAUUGAGACUCUGGGAGGUGUCUUCACGAAGCUUAUCAACAGGAACACCACCAUUCCAACCAAGAAGAGCCAGGUGUUUUCUACAGCUGCUGAUGGACAGACUCAAGUGGAGAUUAAAGUAUGUCAGGGUGAGAGAGAAAUGGCUGGAGACAACAAGCUUCUUGGACAGUUUACUUUGAUUGGAAUUCCCCCAGCCCCUCGUGGAGUCCCUCAGAUUGAAGUUACAUUCGACAUUGACGCCAAUGGGAUUGUACAUGUUUCUGCCAAAGAUAAGGGUACAGGACGAGAGCAGCAGAUUGUGAUCCAGUCUUCUGGUGGGCUAAGCAAAGAUGAUAUUGAAAAUAUGGUUAAAAAUGCAGAGAAGUAUGCUGAGGAAGACCGCCGCAAGAAGGAACGAGUCGAAGCAGUAAAUAUGGCUGAAGGAAUUAUUCAUGACACAGAAUCUAAGAUGGAAGAAUUCAAGGACCAAUUGCCUGCUGAUGAGUGCAACAAGCUAAAAGAAGAGAUUUCCAAAAUGAGGGAGCUCCUCUCUAGAAAAGACAGUGAAACAGGAGAAAAUAUAAGGCAGGCAGCAUCUUCCCUUCAGCAAGCAUCAUUGAAGCUCUUCGAAAUGGCAUACAAAAAGAUGGCAUCUGAGCGAGAAGGCUCUGGAAGUUCUGGCUCUGGAGAGCAAAAGGAAGAUCAAAAGGAAGAGAAACAGUAACAGCAAUAAACUUUGAAAGUGAAAGGACAACAUAUAUGAUGCUUGGGAGUGAAGAUUUCCUGAGCAGAAAUGAGCAAACUUCAGUCUUCUUACUGUGUUUUUGCAGUAUUCUAUAUAUAAUUUCCUUAAUAUGUAAAUUUAGUGACCAUUAGCUAAUGAUCAUUUAAUGAGUGAUAACUCCACCAGUACAAAAUUCUGUCCCUAGCCUGUCGUCAUUUUUCAGCUGCACGUAAAUGGGGGGAAGAUGGUUUAUUGAUCAUUCUGAAGAUUCAACAUUUUUUCAAAGGGUGAAACCAUUUCACACACAGUGAAGGCAGUCAGGCGUAGAUUUGGAAUGAGACCAUAAGCAAAUGGGAUCCUCCUAGUUACCUGAGUAUCGCUGUACCUGUGUAUGUGUAUCUGGGGUUCUUCAGUGGAGGCCCUGCAAGGCAAGCCAGCUGUGCCAUGUUGGGGAAGUAGGGCAGGGGAAGCUAGAUACUGGAGGUCUAAGUAGCUAUUUAUGGUUAGGUUCAGCUUUGAAAACAAGUCUCCCAAACUUUCCUAAGGCAUACUUUUCUAGCUACCCUGUGGCCUGUGUCUGGCACCUCUGUCCUUGAUGAUUGUUCUUUUGGAUCCAUUCAGGAUUUUUAAUAAAGAGGAAAAGCAUCUUGGUCUCA